CAAAACUGGUUCAGUUUUAAUUUCAGGCAUGUGUUGCUUUCCAAAUAUUUGUUAUUGUUUGUGUUUAAAUGAAAGGUUUCCUCUCCCUCCUGAAACACAGACAUUUCCUCAUUCUCGUUUGUGCUGCGCAAGCUGUCCCAAGCUGUCGCAUCUGUCUAGAGUUUCACUCUGCGAUUGUGCUUAACCCUAGGCUACAAUAAAACAAGUCGAGUGGCCCCACCCAGAAAGAGACCUAUGCAGCUGCUAGAAAUCAGAAAAUAAGGCAAGAAACACCUUUUUCUUUUUUGGCUAAUCCAAAAAAACUACUCUACUGCUGGUUGUGUGCGAGCUGCCUGUUAUAUCUCCCUCUGUGCUGUGGGAUUGUGUUGUGAAACAUUACAAUUCAAUGUGGAGAAACCUAAGCAAACAUUGCUUUUUAUCUUUGUGCGUUGGGAUUUGAGGAGUAGGAGCUGAGAAGAGAACACACUGGACAUUGAGGAGCACAGCAGCUGUUUUCCUCCUGGACUGAAGUAAGGUAAAAUGAAGAUCCCUUUGGUGACUUUAAUGCUGGUCCUGGUGUCAUUAUGCUCUGCAAGAAAGACCAAACGACAAAGUGAUUUUUGGGACAAUUGGGGUGAAUGGGGAGAUUGCAGCCGUUCAUGUGGUGGGGGAGUGAGUUUCCGAGAAAGGCAGUGCUAUUCUCGCAGGGCAGAUGGGGGAUCGAAUUGUAUUGGACCAACUAGAAACUAUCGUUCCUGCAAUGUGCAGGACUGUCCUGCAGGUUCUCGAGAUUUCCGUGCACUGCAGUGUUCUGAAUAUGAUGGGAUGGACUUCCAAGGGAAGAGAUACAAGUGGCUGCCAUAUUAUGGAGCAUCUAAUAAAUGUGAGCUGAACUGCAUACCCAAGGGAGAGAAUUUCUACUAUAGACACAAGAUGGCUGUGCUGGAUGGAACUCCGUGUGAACCUGGGAGAAGGGACAUCUGUGUGGAGGGGGUGUGCAAGACUGUCGGCUGUGAUAAUGUACUUGACUCCUCCAAACGGGAGGAUAGGUGCUUGGUGUGUGGAGGAGAUGGCAGUUCCUGUUACGAAGUCAAAGGAUCUUAUGAUUUACCCACCUUAUCGAAAGGUUACAGCCAACUUUUCACCAUCCCCAUUGGUGCCACCAAUAUACAAAUUAAGGAAGUUGGUGCCACAAGGAACUUCUUAGCUGUAAGGAAUGCCCGUGGGGAGUAUUACCUUAAUGGCCAUUGGAAUAUUGAAUACAGUCGUGCUCUCAAUGUGGCCAGCACUGUUCUUCAUUACCAUCGGGGCUCGGAGGGCGAUCUAGCACCUGAGGUUUUAACUGCUAGAGGGCAGACCACUGAGCCUCUUGUAAUUGAGAUUAUUGGACAAGAAGCAAACCAAGGAAUUCAGUAUGAAUACUACUUACCUAACCAGGGCGAUGUUCAGGACUAUCAGUGGAGUUACGGUUCUUGGAGUGAGUGCAGUGCAGAGUGUGGAGGAGGCUACCAGUCUCGUUUGGUUUUCUGCACUAUUGAUAAUGAAGCAUAUCCGGAUCCUAUGUGUAGGGACAAGCCUGCUCCGCCAAGCAACAGGACCUGCAGCACACAGCCCUGCCCACAAAUGAAACGGAUGUCUUACUUGUAUCAGCCAACACUGUGGAAUCGAAUAGUGAACACAAAAAUGACCAGCUGGAAAGUGAGUGAGUGGGGACAGUGUUCUGCUUCCUGUGGUGGAGGCAUCCAAACGCGCUCCGUAUACUGCGUUUCCUAUGAAGGGAGAGCCUCCCAGCAGGUGGUGAAUGAUGCAGAAUGUGCUGCGUUUACAGAAAAACCAGCCACCCAACAAGCUUGUAACCUCAAGGCCUGUGCCAAGUGGAAUGUAGGACAGUGGACAGAGUGUUCAGCACAGUGUGGAGAAGGAAUUCAGAAACGAACAGUCACUUGCAGAACAGACUCAGGAGCUGUUGUUCAGGACCUCUUGUGUACAACGCAAGUCAAGCCCACGGAUACCCAGCUAUGUAAUGGAGAAAACUGCGUCCAGGAAAUUGGCUGGCACAUUGGAGAGUGGGGUUUGUGUUCAAAGAGCUGCAAUAGUGGCAUCAGAAAGCGUCAAGUGAUCUGCGCAGACAACGACCGCAAUUUCUAUGAACCAGAGACAUGUGAAGCCUACGAGCCAGAGAAGCCAUCUGUCAUCGAGAGCUGUAAUAUGCAGCCCUGCUACCUGCCACAACAGGUUCCCAGUAUGCAAGACACUUGGGGAUAUGAUAAUUCUGACCAGUUCUCCUUGACUCGAUACAAUCAGCAAGGUCCAAGAACUCCUAAACCUGCUCCUGAAAAGCGCAACAGAGACACCAACAACCAGGACUGCAAGAAGAAUAUUUAUGGCUGCUGUUCUGAUGGAAAAACUCCUGCUUCUGGUCCAGGGGGACAAGGCUGUUCAUCCUGUUGGCAAAGCAGAUUUGGUUGUUGCCCAGAUGGUGUAACUGAAGCUCAAGGUCUGAACAAUGUGGGAUGUCAGAACUUUUACAGUGAUGGGAAUCCUGGGAGGAAUCAGAGAGCUGACCCCGUCCCUGCUGUGCCUUCUGAUGAAUGCAGGGGUUCACAGUAUGGAUGCUGUUUUGACAAUGUAAACAAGGCUCUUGGUCUAAUGGGUGAAGGAUGUCAAAGUAGACCAAGUCAAGCAUAUCCUGCAGUGUGCAUGCUCCCGAGUGCUCUAGGACCCUGUAGCGAUUGGACAACUCGCUGGUAUUUUGUGCCUGAUGUUGGAAAGUGCAACCGCUUUUGGUAUGGCAGCUGUCACGGGAAUAAGAACAAUUUUGCCACUGAAGAGGAAUGUAUUAGCUCAUGCCAGAGAACUGCAAGAAGGCCAACGGGAACCAUUGAGUAUAGAUAUCGGAAACGAGGGAUGAAGUGGGAUCGCAUGUCACAUAUACAUCCUGAUGCCCAUGUUGACGGCCCUAAUAGUACAGAGCAAGGAGGACAUCACAGAGGUAUAGUUAAAACCCUGGACCAAGAUCAUGAAGGACGCGUUCUCGCAGGGCAUGACGAAUGGGAAGAGCAUAUCAGGAACCACAGAAUACAUGCCAAUGAAAAAGUCCGACAUGAAACAAAUCCCAAAGACAGCUCUUCCUCUCGUCACCCUUCUCUUUACAGAAUUAUUCUGGACGAAGCAGAAUCCUCAUCCAUCGAAGCAUCCACUGGACAAACUGUACGCCUGCUCUGUAGAGUGAGUGAUUAUCCAUACCCUAAAGUUGAAUGGCAGAAGGAUGAACGCCCAGUGUCCUCUUCCAGACACACAUACCAGUCAGAUAGUUCCCUGGUCAUCAGUCAUGUCAGGGCAGAAGAUGCAGGAAUUUAUACGUGCAUGGUUUCCAAUGGCAACAGGAAAGAGACUCACAGUGUGCGGCUGCAAGUGAGAGAGCGUGUCAUACAUGGAAGAACAAGGACAUAUUCUGAAAGUCACAUGGAUCGAGUUUGGAAAGAAAAUGAACGGAGAUCAGAAUCUUCAUCAGCUCAGGCAAUUAGAGACAAUUUAUAUGGACAUCAAGCGUCUUCAAGGAAGUGGAUACCUACCCAAAAUGUUGUGUCAAUGGAAGCAAAUCUUGGCCACCGUGCAAGACUUUCUUGUGUUCUGGACAUCCCUCCCGGUACUCCUGUUGAAUGGCAGAAGGAUGGGAAGCCACUGUUUUCUCCCCGGCACAGGAAGCAGGCUGAUGGCUCCCUUGCUGUUAGCCGGGUAAACUCCGAUGACGCUGGGCUGUAUACAUGCACUGUUACAAAUGGAAAUGGACAGGAAACCAAGCAGAUCCAACUGAACAUAAAAGGGGAGCUGAAAAUCACCAAUCCACCCACCAGUGUCACUGUAUCAGAGGGAGAAGUAGCAACUCUAUGGUGUAUCGUAAAAGGAGACAAUGUGAAUGUUCAGUGGUCCAGGAAUGGCCUCCCCAUCCGAUCAGAUGGCCAUCAUACUACCGUUUCAAGAGAUGGCAGCUUGAUCAUUAGAAAUACCAGGUCUACUGACGAGGGCUCUUACACGUGCAGCGCAUACAGCGGCACACACUCUGUCAGUGCCAGUGCAGACAUCAAAGUGAACAGGAGCAGACCCGCAGCACCUGCAGUGAAAGUCACAGAAGGUGACACUGACUGCAUUGACCACCCAGACCUGGCCAACUGUGACCUUAUUGUCUAUGCCCAGAUGUGUUCCAACGAGUACUACAGCAGCUUCUGUUGUGCUAGCUGCUCUAGGCACCGAGGAGAACAGAGCCAGACACUGCGCCUGGGUUGAGAGACUGUUCAAUGUUUAAAUGAUUUGUAGCUUUAACGUUUUUAGGCAACACUAUUAAUCAGAGCUUGCAGUUUAAAGGUACUGUUCCACUUCAGCAAAUCAUUGAUUGCAUUCUAUGUUGUGUUAAGCAAAUAAACCUUAAAUGACACAUUUUAUUCUUUCAUCUGAAGGUUUAAUGAUCUUAAGGAGAUUUUCGUUUUUAUGGCAAUAACCGUUGAGUGCCUGCUUUUGUUGUACAUCAAGUGUUCUUGGCAAAAAAUAUUAAUGAGGUAAACAUUUAUAUGACUAAAGCAUUAUUUCUGGGAAGGAUUUGGACAGUUAAUACAACAGUGCUAGGAAUGAUACAUUGGGGAUAAAUGUGGAACAGCACCUUUAAAUGCAGAAGGGGCAGUCUUGUUUGUUCUAUUCAUGUAAAACUGUAAUUUUUGUACGAAUUUGUAACAUUCUCUAACUCCGCUACCCCAAAAUGUUUCAUGUGUGGUCUUUUGGAUACGUGAAUCUGCAAUAUCAGGAUACUACUUUAAAAGUGUUUAGUUUUUUUUGUCCUAUUUCUCAACCUGAUAGGUUGUUUAGUGCAGAUGCGAUUUAUCUCCCAGAGAAAUCGGUUGGCUACUUUUUUGAUACCCAGGCCCCUAAUUCUUCAAACAUGCUUGUCAAAAGCCCCCUGAUUUUGAAAUUCCAUAUCAAUAGUUCAUAAUAUUCAUGUGCAAUGGGAUACAGUGCCUUCUGUUUCAUGUUUAGAAUGUUAAACAUCCAACCCACUGGUGUUUCUUAGAAUAUUUUAAUGGUUGAAUAGAUGUAAUUAUGAGUACAUGACAUUUGUUUGGCAAUUGUUUUGGUUUUUUUUUUCCUCUUAUUAAAUGAAACUCCCCAAUAUUUUUACCUGCAA